CUACGGUUACUGAACUGAUUAUGUUUCAUCCAUGUGCUGAUGGAAUUCGUUGACUUUCGUGAGACACGGACGCGUGUUCUCGUAUGUGUCGCGAAUGACCUCGCACUUGACUAACGGCUGGAGUUCGUGAUUUUGCGAAUUACGGACGCGUGUUUCUGCGAGUGUCACGACUCACGUGGGAUUAAACGAGGAACGAUCUACAGUUACUGAGCUACGGACAAGUUUGGCGCUAUGCAGAAGAUUCGGCUCGCCAACUUGCAGCAGUGUGAAUAUCGUAGUGCUACUGUGCGGAUACAUUACACGACGACGGGGUUUGUAAUUCAUGGCGAAGACUCGCUGGAGACAGGGAAGCUGUGGUGCGGUAGUAUCCCUACUGCCCGUUUGGUUAUCUGGGCAAUUCGACGAAGAUUCGACGGUUACGAUCGACCGCGAUCGUUUCGACGUGUUUCGACCGUUGGAUCGAGUUUCCUUGAAGAAGCUCGAGAUUCUCAACAUUGGUGGCUUCACUACUACGAGAUUCAGUUAGACUUAGGGGGGGGUCGACGGGGGCCUAUGGGGACAGACUCUAGAGAACCUAGUAGGUUCGCAACUUCGCGUCGCCUUUAGUAUCACACUGGCGCACUGCACCGCCUCAGUUCGCGCUGCCACCCUCCACGAGCGUGCGCUGGCUGCUACCUAGUGCAGGCUGCAACUAGCGGCGCUUCUGGGUGGAAACACGGCCCAGCAGCUUGCUUGUCAUAGCAGCUUUCCGCGCUUGGCGCCACGGCUGUCGAUUGGCAUACCCUAGGGCUGUUGAUUGGCGCAACACUUGGCGUUCCAACGUUCGAGAUCGAAUCUUUCCGGGAGUUUUUUUCCGGAAAGGCCACUAUCGUCCAGGUUUGGGCAUGUCCAGGUUUGGGCAUGUCCAGGUUUGGGGGGGGGAACAUGAAGGAACGGGUUCCUAGGGAAAAAGCGGGGAGGGCCCAGACGGUUCAGGGCAUUUGCCCUUCAAUCGUCAGCGCUGCUUGGCGCUUGGCGCUUGGCGCUCCAGUCAUCCAGCGAAUCGGCAACUAAUGCGACGCGUGUGACUUAGCGGCGCUGGACGAGCACUGCUGAGACUCUUCCUUUUGAAACUGGUUAGGGCCGAACCUUUUGCGCCAGUAGAGGGGCUUAUUCGCAGCGGUAGCCAUGGUUUCGGGGCCUUACUUGCAGCAGAACAGUGCUGUACCACUGCUGGCAGACGGAGCCCCACCCUUGGUCGUCGGAUCGGAGGCGCAGCUCCCCCGCCAUUUCCGUGGCGAAGUAGACGGAGUAGUCGGAGUAGACGGAAUAGUCGGAGUAGACGGAGAAAUCGGAGUAGACGGAGUAGACGGAGUAGUCGGAGAAGACGGAGUAGUCGUGCCAUGCCAUACCAUGCCGAGCCGAGCCGAGCACGCUGGCAGCGUCUGCUGCGAUGUACCAUACCAAUCGCAAACACCAGUUCUACUGUAGUACGGUGGUAGUACUGUAUUAUGCUCUGUUCCCCGGCAAUAUGCUUCCAGGGGAAGCUAUCGCCGCAGAGCUUUCCCGCUCUGAUGACCCUGACUAAUGCGUCACCGGCGACUCGCAGAGUCUGAAGGAAGACGAACGCAGUCUGUGUUGUCGUUGUUCGGAAGAACGCCCCGAACGCGAUCAAAGGAGAAAGAACUUGAAGGUCUUCCUCCCUUCAAGGUAGUGCCUACUACUGAGAGGUAGCUUAUGUCAGAAGAAGAGGCUUUAGCGAACCCUAAAGCACUUCGAAGAGGCUUGAAGUCCGACGACCGUCGCAUAUUCGCGCUUUGGCCAGGCGCCCGUCGUUUCGCGUUACAAGUCCGAGCCACCCCAAGUUCGCGUUUCCUCAUUGCAGCCACUACCACGAGCUGCCGUAGUAGCUCCUACUGGGAGGCGUGCCCGAUGAUGGAUUCUCGUCAAUGUCGCACCAAUCCCCGGUUGCGGACCAUGGUGGUUUGUCUGCUCGCGUCGCUUGUACUCGCCAAAUGCAGCCCCCUUUCCGCUCAAGAAGCUGACCAAUCAGGGAUCGUCUUGGACUUCCCAUCGCAAGAGGGCACCUCCCUGUACCCGGUAGCCGCUCAGCCGCCCACACCUGGAAUCUCACCUGAAACUCCGCCUGAAACUCCGCCUGAAACGUCACCUGAAACGCCACCUGAGUGGACACCUGAAAUUUCACCUGGGGCCGCUCCUGAAAUGCCAGGAGAAUCGUCUGCUGCUCCAAACUUCAAGAUAGUGGAAAACGUGACUAAGAUUCUGCCGAUAACAACCCCCUACCCCACGUCUGACGUGUACAUCGUCCGCCUCCGCGCCGCCCCGCCAAUCGCGGGAUACACGGGCGGAAUCAACGGUAUUCCCGCCACGGCAGCAAAGGCUGUCAGAGAUUCGGCAUCCGACGUCCUACAUUCUGUGGUGGGCCGAAUUCGCCAGACUCGUCGCCAAGCGAAUCGCAAGUCGUCGCGACUGAAUCUGAGGUCGCCAGCCGUCGCGCGGUUCAAUAAGUGGCUGGGCCGGCUGCAGGACGGAGUUGCGGAUGACGUGAAACUGCCGCGUGCGAAUGUCCUGUACUCAAUGAGACACGUCAGCAAUGCCUUCGUGGCGCGUUUGACACCUAAGCAGCUGCAGCAGCUGAAGCGGCAUCCAGCAGUGGCCGAAAUCAAACCCAACUACCCAAUCAGCAAGCUCACAACCAACUCUGCAAACUUUCUCAAGCUGCCUGAGACUCUCUGGUCUACCCGGGGACGCGACCGGGCAGGUGAAGGCGUGGUGGUGGGAAUAAUCGACACGGGUAUUUGGCCCGAGCACCCGUCGUUCUCUUCAGAUGUGGAUUUGCUGUAUCCUGACCCUCCGGCUACCUGGAAAGGCACCUGCCAGGUCACUGCUGACUUCCAGUGCAACAGAAAGGUGAUUGGAGCAAGAUAUUUCAACGGUGGGUUUCGGGCGGCGUACGGGCAGGAGGACACGCUCACUGAUUGGACGUCUCCUCGUGAUGCGGACGGGCACGGCACCUGGUGUGCAGCAGCAGCAGCAGGCAACAGCAAUGUGCCCAUCAUACUGUUCCCCCGAAAAACAAACCUCGGCAACAUAACUGGCAUGGCGCCCCGCGCCUUCCUCGCAGCCUACAAGGUCUUCUGGGGCAACGCCAAGUCAGCCGGAACCACUGCCACGUCUGCUGACGUGGAGGCAGCUGUCAACGCUGCUGUCGCUGACGGCGUCGAUGUCAUCUCCCUCUCCCUCGGCAGCGCAGACCCCAGCGCUACUUAUUUCAGCGAUCUGGCGUAUUUAUACGCGAAUCUGGCCGGCACGGUGGUGGUGUAUGCGUCGGGGAAUUCCGGCCCGCCUCCUUUCAGCUGGUACAUGUAUCGGAGCAUCUCCAACUUCUCGCCAUUCUACCUGACUGUUGGCGCCAGUACCAUCGCCCGUCGCUACACGUCUGCGGCUAUUCUGGGCGACGGCCGCAUCGUGCCUCUCUUCGGCUUUGGCUCGGGGAAUGUGGCGGUGCAGAGGCUGGGGUUGGUAGAGGGGGCUGCGGCACGGGCAGCCUGGAAGAGCGAAAGCAGGGCGCAGUACUGCACCGAGGGCUCACUGAAUGCCACCAAGGUCGCCGGCAAGAUCGUCCUUUGCGCGUACGGAUCCACCAGCACUGCUAGCAAGGCGGCUGAGGUGGCGAGUAAAGGCGGCAAGGCUAUUAUUGUGACUGACAUGCCGGUGGAAGCCAGGCUGUUUCCACCGAUAUACGAAGUGCGGCUGCCGGUGAUGGGAGCUGAGGCCGGUGCAACGAGUGUUCUGCGCAAUCAUACCCGCACCAUGGCCAGCCCUACUGCGUCCUUCGCAUACAACUUCAAAACGGACAUCAACACUGAUCAAGCCCCCGACGUCGCUUCCUUCUCGUCCACCGGCCCAAUCACCAACCCCGCUGCAGCACCCAGGCUAUCCUUCCCUACCAACGACAUCUUAAAGCCCGAUAUAAUUGGCCCCGGCGUUUCGCUAUGGGCCGCCGCACCAGCUUCUUCCCUCGCGUCUUCCUCUACUCCGACCUUCGCCAUGCUGAGCGGAACCUCCAUGGCUACACCGCACUUGGCAGGAGUCGCAGCAUUGCUCGUCGAGAGAUACCCUUCGUGGACCCCUUCACAAGUUAUGUCGGCGAUUAUGACUACAGCGUAUGUGACCAAUAACAAACGAGGGCCGAUUGUAAUGGGUACGACGGGAGGGGCGGCGACGCCGUGGGAUAUGGGAGCGGGCCACGUCAAUCCCAAGGGUCUCAUGGACCCUGGGCUCACUUUUCCCACCAACGCUGCAGAUUACUACAAUUUUUUGGCCGGGCAGAAUCUGGAUUAUGCGAAGACGGUUGCACCAAUUGGGACGAAGCUGACCCCGAUUCCGGCGUAUAAUCUGAACCGCCCGACGAUUUCGGUCUCGCGGCUGAACAAGACGGUGCUGCUGACGCGAUGGGUGCAAAAUGUCGCGGAUACAGUAUCAAACUACACCGCAUAUAUCGUUGCACCUCCUGGUGUUAUCACACUUAUAAAUCCCCACAGGUUCACAAUUCCUCCAAUGGGGAUAGUAUCCUUUGCUCUUCGGUUCACGGUCGUAACGGCAUCUCCUGAUUUCCAGUUCGGAAGCCUGACUUGGAGGGAUCAGUUUGGCCACGUGGUGCGGUCAGUGCUGGCUGUUCAGCCUCUCUAUCAGUAAGGUUGGAAGGAGGAAGUCGGAUUAGCCUGGUUAAGGAAGACGGAGACACAGCUGUCCACUUUGGCCAAUGGCCACGUGGUGCGGUCUGUGUUGGCUGCUCAGCCUCUGUGCCAGUAAGGCGGGUGGAGCAGGGUCGGAUCGGGGUACCUCUCUACUAGUAAGGCGGACAGAGAAGGGUGGAUGAGUAGGUCAAGAUGAAGAUACGGCUGGCUGGCUGCCUGUGUGGUGCGGUCAGUGCUGGCAGUGCAGCCUCUGUACCAGUAAGGCGGGUGGAGAAAGCUCGGACUACCGUGGGUUGGAAGGUGAAGAGGAGAGGAGAGGAGAGAAUAGGAGAGGAGAGGAGACGAGAGGGAACAGUGGCUGGCAAGAAAAGCUCAAGUGAGCGAGAAGCUGGUGGAUGGCUCCUCUUUCAAGGUACUGUAGCUUCGUGUUUUAAUAAAGAGCAGCAGGAAGUCCUCUGCUCUGCUCGGACUCAUGGUAUCACACCAUGGUGCCAAAUGGAGGUCAUUGUGGUGGGGACGGGGCCUGGGCCGCAUACCUUCUACUACCGUAACCGUACCCGUACGGCUGCAUUGCAAUGCCUCAUGAUGAUGCAAGGCGAGGCGAGGCAGGCUAGCUAGAUAUGGCCUGAGUAAAGGACUCUUGGAGAAGAAUUUGAUUGUUUAUGAUCCAUGAUUGGCUAUCAUUCUCCAAUUGCUUUCAUUCCCUAAGCAGUUGUGGCUUGCUAGCAAACAGAGCCAAGGGUAAUACAACUACUUGUCAACU